GAGCUGUGGUCAGUCUGGUCACUUCAGGCACUCAAAGCUGGGUCCUUCUGAAACUCGAGCACUCCGUUUAACAGUAGUCAUUAACUAAAAUCAUGGCAGCUGCCAGUAGUGAGGUGCACCAGCCUGGAGAGCCUGCAAUCUCAAAGCUGCAGUUUGCUCCCUUCAGUAGUGCCUUGGAUGCAGGAUUCUGGCAUGAGCUAACCCAGAAGAAACUCAAUGAGUAUCGACUGGAUGAGACCCCUAAAGUUAUCAAAGGAUACUAUUACAAUGGUGAUCCUUUGGGUUUGCCAGCUCGCUUGACACUGGAGUUUAGUGCCUUUGAUAUGAAUGCUUCAACACCAGCACAUUGCUGUCCUGCUUUAGGAACAUUGUAUAAUACCAAUACUUUUGAGACUUUCAAAUCCUGUGAUAAGAAGUUGCUUCUGGAAAAAGAAGCAAAUGAGAUAUGGGAAUCAAUAAAAUCUGGAGCUGCUCUGGAAAACCCUAUGCUCUUGAACAGGUUCCUGCUGCUGACAUUCGCAGAUUUAAAGAAGUACCACUUUUAUUACUGGUUUUGCUACCCUGCUCUCUGCUUUCCUGAUGGAAUUCAUGUAGUUCAGAAACCAGUGUGUCUUGGUAACAGAUUUCCUUUAAAUCAGAUUCAAGCACUUCAGAAAGCCUAUGAUGAACUUUGCCAGAAAGAGGGGGUUACAGCCUUGCCUUAUUUUUUAAUAAAGCAUCAUGACAAUUCUGUUGAGAUAUCUCUACUGAAAAACUGGGAUGGUUUCUUCCAAGACCAAGAGGGAAAGGUGACAGUUGGAGUUUAUGAUCCAUGUAACUUAGCCCAAUAUCCAGGAUGGCCACUGAGAAAUUUCCUGAUCCUGGCAGCCUACAAAUGGGGCAGCUUUUUCCAGUCAUUUGAAGUUCUCUGCUUCAGAGAUAGGACCAUGCAAGGGGUGAGAGAUAUAACACACAGCAUUAUAUUUGAAAUAAAACUUCCAGAGAGAGCCCUUGGCCCGGAUUGUCCAAAAGCUGUUGGAUGGGAGAAAAACCAAAAGGGAGGGAUGGGUCCAAGGAUGGUGAAUCUCAGUGAAUGCAUGGAUCCAAAAAGGUUAGCAGAAUCAUCAGUGGAUCUGAAUUUGAAAUUGAUGUGCUGGAGGUUGGUGCCUACUCUUGAUUUGGAAAAAAUUGUGUCUGCCAAGUGUCUGCUGCUAGGAGCCGGUACACUAGGUUGUAGUGUUGCAAGGACCUUGAUGGGUUGGGGAGUCAGGAAGAUUACAUUUGUGGACAACGCAAAGAUCUCUUAUUCCAACCCAGUACGACAGCCACUGUAUGAGUUUGAAGAUUGUCUUAGUGGAGGGAAGGCCAAGGCACUUGCAGCAGCAGACAGAUUACAGAAAAUCUUCCCAGGAGUGAUUUCAGAAGGCUACCACAUGAGCAUCCCUAUGCCUGGCCACCCAGUGAAUUUUUCUGAAGUAACAAUGGCACAGGCUCGGAAGGAUGUGGCUAAACUUGAAGAGCUUAUUGAUGCUCAUGAUGUUGUUUUCCUACUAAUGGACACUAGAGAGAGUCGAUGGCUUCCUGCUGUCAUUGCAGCCAGCAAGAGGAAGUUGGUCAUCAAUGCAGCAUUGGGAUUUGACACAUUUGUUGUUAUGAGACAUGGACUAAAGAAACCAAAACAGUCGGAAUCUGGUGUUGCAUGUUUCAACAACACUGCUGGUUCUUCGGAUCUUUUGGGGUCAUCACUCUUUUCAAAUAUCCCUGGCUAUAAACUGGGUUGCUACUUCUGCAAUGAUGUUGUGGCACCAGGGGAUUCCACCAGGGAUCGAACACUGGACCAGCAGUGCACAGUCAGUCGGCCUGGGUUAGCCAUGGUAGCUGGAGCGCUUGCAGUGGAGUUAAUGGUCUCUGUUUUGCAGCAUCCAGAAGGGGGUUAUGCUGUGGCCAGCAGCAGUGACGAUAGAAUGAAUGAGCCACCUACUUCUCUUGGACUUGUUCCUCAUCAGAUCCGUGGUUUUUUAUCAAGGUUUGAUAAUGUUCUUCCAGUCAGCCUGGCCUUUGAUAAGUGCACAGCCUGUUCUACAAAAGUCCUUGACCAGUAUGAACAACAAGGGUUUAAUUUCCUAGCUAAAGUUUUUAAUUCUUCACAUUCCUUCUUAGAAGACUUGACGGGUCUGACAUUAUUACACCAGGAGACACAGGCUGCUGAGAUCUGGGAUAUGAGUGAUGAUGAAACAGUCUGAGAAUCAGCUGAAUAAAUGGAAGAUGACCUGCUUUGGACUGGAGCCUGCCUUUUAUCUGUUACAUGACAAGCUAACGAUUGCUUAACCAUUCUGACAGCUACAGAUACAAACAAAUAGAAUCCACAUUUUGACAUUAAUUCCUUCACCUGCAAAGCAGUCUGUUAUGGAUCUAAGUCUCCACAGUUUUAUUAUGUAAAUAACUAAAGCAAUGUGGUUAUGUUUAAACCUCAUUGUCUUUUUUUUUUGUCCUUUUUUUUUUUCUUUUUAGCUUCUAAAUAUGGCUUACAUGUAAAAUGUGCUGCUUAAGCAAACUUCGGUGUUCUACUUGCCCCAGUUUUUAGUUUUUGCUUCUCAAUGGACAUGUCCACGCAACAUGUCUAAAUGUCUUUUUUCAUCUUUCCCAGAUUUGUGCCCUUUUAGUUGGAAUUUAUAGUUAACAGAUUAAGAAUAUUUUGCUAUUUGGAGUUAAACUGCAUCUUUAAGGAAAGGAGGAGUAGGUAAGAACCUACACCUAAUGCCUAUACAACAUUGCUUGCUCUUUCAAAGCACAUAUUUAUAGUGCAAUUGAUUGUUCUUACCUUUGACAAGGGAGUUGUUGUUCUCUGUAGAGAUCUCAUAAUUUCAUGCUAUGGAAACAAUGUGGUUUGACUUAUUUUCAGACAGGAAAGACUAAAAUGCAUUGGUACCCUGAUCAGGCUCCCCUAAAGUUCAGAGAGAAGGCUCAGUUACAUAGCAAAAGUUGCUUUGGGGGAUAGAUCAUUGAUUCAGUCAAAACUCAUAGAGAAAUGCUUAACUGAAAUAAGAAAUUAGUUCUUUGACUUUGCUGUUCUUGGAUGCUGCUGGUCAGCACUUCACAGGUAUUACAAAAGAGCAAUUCUGAUAUUCUUUUUUGUUGGAUUUUCAGUGUUUGCAGCAUCAGGAAUGGCUUCAGGGGUUGUGGCUGUACUUUGAGAAUCCUUGCAUUGAAAAGAUAACUUGAGAAAUACCCAAAUGCAUUAUAACAAAAUUGAAAGUGAAUCUGUUGGGUUUUGUCUUGGAAUAUGUUUUAAAGAGUAUUAUGAUAUCCCCUUUAUAGCUUUCUGUUUCUCGGAAAAAAAAUGCAAACUACUGUAUCUGCAAGCAGUCUUUAUUUCCUGUAUAUGUUAUGAAAAUUAGUUGGUCAGUCCAGUUAUUUGUAGUACCUUCCUUAACAUAAGCUCUGAAUAUUUGGUAGAGAUAAUGCCACAGCUUCUCUCUUUUGCCACAUUAGAAGAAGUUCUGUCAGGUCUCAUUUGCCUAAAACAAGGAUAUCUGCAACUCCCAUGUUCCAGUCAUGAAAGAAGAUUUUUUGAAACAUGCUGAUGUCUGCAUCAAGUAUCUAAAAUAGCUAUUAUUUGUAUUUAUUGUAACUAUCAUAUUCAUUCUAUUUAUGUGAUUUCUUAAGAAGCCUUAAGGGAAUGUUGUGUUUAACUAACUUCAUUGUAAUAUAAAAAUAUAUAUUAAUGAAAUAUAUUUUUUGAAAGAUUCAUAAUGAAAGGAAACUGUUCGUUUGGUGGUCAGGCACUGAACAAUAAGACUGAUGAUGUGCUAUGACCAUUUGAAAGCAGUUUGUUAAUGUACAUAAUUAGUUACGAGCACAAAUUACUUCCAUUUUGUUAGCCAUGCCAUAGUCCAACAGGAAUCAUGAAUCAGUACUUGGUAGUUCAAAGGGAAUGAUGGGUAUUUUUAUCUCUUGGAGUGUGAAAAUCCUUUGCAGUUUUUGAUUAUCUAAAACUUGAAAUUGAGACAUCUUUCCAAAAACUGAUGAACAUUAAUAAUUUCUUAAACAGCUGAAACUGUGCUUGUCAUGUUGAACUCCCACUGUAGCUUUACGCUGAAAGUAUCUAACUGCACAAGGAUACAAGAUAGAAAGGUUCAAAACUCAGGGUUAAUGUAAUGUUUCCUUACCUCUGUAAUUUCAGUAACACAACUCUCUCAGGCUGAGUGGUUUCCUGUACAUAUGCUUCCCAGAUGUCUCUGAUGCUCAGAAACACUUCAGUUGGACUUGGAAUAACUUCCGUUGUCUAACUAUAAUGUUGUUUUCUUUCUCCUUGCAGGCCAGAAUUGUUCUUACUUUUCUUUUAAGCGAUUUCUAGGCAUCUACUGAGUGAGAAAUCAUGAGAAUCCAUUGAAAUGAAUGAAUGCACAUUAAAAUACUAUUAACAGAUAAAGAUAUUUAUUUACUGCCUUGUGUGCACUAAUGCAGACUGUCAGCACAGUCCACAGCUCCAGUUAUUGCUGUUUGAUGGGAGAAGCUAAUCUUUUCUUCAUGAAAGAAGUAGGAGUUAAAUUUGAUUCAUGCUGCCAUGUCCUCCUAGGCAUCAGUGAAGAGCCCAAAUUCUAACUUCCAUUGUAGAACCCAAAUAAACCUAAUGUUUUGGGAAGAGGGCAAUGAACAGCCUCAGAGAAAUCUACUCAUCUUCCUCAACUAUCCAGCACGAGUGUAAUGGCACUGUAUGGCUGUGUGGGUGGGACUGUAGCUCACAGAAGGCAACUGUAACACCUGCAUGUCACAUCUGAGGGCAUUUAAUAAUCUCAGAAGAUCACAGAGAGCUGUUGACAUCGUUUUUGUGCUCAGUGUUACAGACACUCAUGAAAUGAUAGUCUCUGUUUGCUUCACACUUCUACUAACUAGAAUAUUUCUUCAUGUCAUCCCUCCCUUCACUGUGUCUGCUGGUUGGGGACCAGAAUUUGUUAUGGAGUAGUACUGCAGUUAAGAGACUGAAGAACUUGAGAUUUUGUGUGAGAGUUUUCUUAUUUAAAGCCCUCACUUGCUCUCUAUCCAUGCUUUCACAGUCUGCUGUGGAAGGCCUCUUUCCUAGCGUCAUGGAUUGUCGGUUGGGAUUAAAUUUCACUCAGGGCAUUCCCUUUCUAUUGUGUAAACUGUCUUAGUGCUAUUAAAGUCGGCAGAAUUGUAGCCACUAGGUGAUUCAGCCCACACGGGACUAUUACAUGGAGCAUGGGGCUAGUUUGAAUCUUAAGCCUUCAGUGCUGGGCUUUAUAAGGGAGAAAGGGCACAAAUUUGAAAAUUACGCUUACAUCCAUGAAAUUGCGCUUGGAUGGCCGAGACAGGUUGGUUGAGAAAAUCACUGAGGAAUGGAACCAUAGGAUCUAUAUUCUGAGGAAGCUGGUAAGUCCAAAGAUCUAAAGGGAGAUGGUGCUUCAGCAGAAGUCAACGGCACAAUAGUUAGUUUGGCACAUCAAAGGCAACUGUAGUGAUUGCUCCAGCCCUUAAAUCAUUAAGCUUCAGCCUGGAAAAACAUUUUUCCUUUCCCUGUGUUCUGUAUGGCUUUGGUGUCGUGUCCUGUGACAUAAACUAAAAUUUCUUUUUUUGUCACAUUUGAUAUUCUUAUUUCACUUCCCGUAUCAUGUUCUUUCUAAUUCUGCUUAUAUAAGAUUCAGCUUCUCACCUUAAAUAUGUGCAAGAGAAAUAUUAUCAAAAUUGAGUAUUUUUAUACAUAAGCAUUUUCUUUUAGUUUCUCACCUGUGCUCUCAUAGAAAAGUCUUAUGAAAUGGGUUUUAUGUAUUUCUGAACUUUACACUGUGCAUGUAGAAUAAUCAUAUCAUAGCACUUGUUUCUGCCUCUUAAUGAACAAAUUCCUUCUAAAUGAAUGUUAAAUAGUCUAAUUGGAAUUGCUAAUAGAAUCAUUUAGGUAGGAAAAGAUCCUUAAGGUUAACCCAGCACUGCCGAGUCCACCAGUAGCUGCUUCACCAUUGCAUACUCUGGGACAGCGUUGGGCCAUGAAGAGUUCACCCAGCUCCCAACUUUCCUUUGAGUUUCCUUCCUGUUUUUCCAGCCAAAUCAAUAAAAACGGUGAGAUUGCCGAGAUGUGACUGAGAAUAGACUUUGGUAUGUAGGAUUCUCAUUAAUGCCAGUAAUGUGUGAAAAGAUCACUAAGUUUCUGAUGCCAGCUUUCCUGCUGUUGAUCAACAACAACUCUGCCUUACAGAAUCAUUAAGAGCCAUGACAGAAGCCAUGAGGAUAUAUUUAUAUACUUUCUUUUCAAAGUAAAAUCGUAUCUUCAGAGUUCAAGGAGAAUUCUGACUCUCUGUUCUUACGGGAAUAGGAAGGAUAGUUAACAUUCCUGUAAAAAAUAAAUAUGUUGCAAGCUAACACAUAACCGGCCUUCCCUGUCAUUGUGCCAGCUGUGAGAGGCCAGCAGCGCAAAUAGCCAUUCCUGUACUGCAGACCCCAUGGAUCUGGGGUUGGCUGUGCUGGGAUUUUGCAUUAAGAGUACACAAAAGCUGAAGAGAGCAUGAGCAGCUAGAUGGGCAUUUUUCCUUGCUACUUUUCCUGUUUUUUUUAUACUAAUGUAAUGCUUUCCUUAGAAGCAAAUGAGCAUUUAUACUCCAAAGAGAGCCAUUAAAGAAGUAUUUGUAAUAUAGUAAACUGUAGUAAACUUCCAAAGAAACGUAGUCUGGAAGAUGGCCCGAGCCUGUUAGCAUUUUUUUCUUUCCUGAAUCUUUUGACAUGGCUUAAUUAAUUCCUCUUCUUUUUCUUAUUUUUUUUUUAAUUUUCAGUGCAGAUGUUGUGCUCAUGCAUAUCCUGCCAAAAUGAAACUUCCCAUCAUGAGAGUCUUGUGCACCUUCUGUCUUUCGGAGCACCUGGACUCACUGUUUUUAAAGACAGAAAUACCACAUUAGAAGGUCUUGGGACUGUCACAGCAGUGUGUAAAUUCCUAACUUAUAAACCCCUACCUACCUAUCCCAUGCUCAGCUCCAGCUCUCUUUCCCUUUUGCAGCUGCCUGGACCUUCUCCAGAAACCUAACAGUGGUUAAAAAUACUGUGGCCCCACACAGGUUAUACAUAUAUGUGUAUAUAUAUACAUAUAUAUGUUGCAGUUAUACCCUCUGUAUUACCACCUCAGCUAUCCAGUGUAAUAAUUUUAAUUUUCUUGUCUGUGCAGCACUUGACAGGUUUUGCAGUAAAAAACCCUAACAAUUUGUUGAUAGUGUUGUCUCAUUUUAUUGAUACCCUUCCGUUCACUCCUGCUGGUAACAGUGGCUCUUCGUAGUGAGCAGUGAUUGACAGACAGGACAGAACAGAGGACUUCGUGCUUUACAAAAAAUGUCUGGAAAUUGGAUCUAUGUACUUGGCAAAGGAUAUCCAUGGUUUUCAUUCUCAGUUAUCCUGGAUCAAAGAAAUCGGUCUGCGUUCUGUUGAGGUAUUCUUGGCUAUUGUUGUAUAAAGUUAACCAGAAUAGGCUAUGCUUGUGCCAGUUUAUAGCCGCUUUUCUCAUAAGUACAGUAGCUGAGACUCAGCAACUCCUGUUCUUCCACCAGCCAGUCCACUGGGGUUUUGUCCAGGUUGUAGUGAAGUCUUUGGAGUGAGUCACUUGAGGAUUAUAUUAACCUGGCCAAGGAAACUGGCAAUGCAGGAGGGAAACUGAACCUCCUCCCAAAAGAAUUAAUAGCAUUAAGCUCAAGUAGCAAUGAUGUUAAGUACCUUAAAGUAUUCUGUAUCUUAGGGCAGCAGUAUUUUCACCUAAUUUCCCAGCACAGGUGAUCUCACCCAGGAUAAGGAUGCAGAUGAGUACUCCAGCCACAUGUAAUUUCAAGUUCCGGUUGUUGCCCUCAAUACCUGACAACAUUAUCUGCCUGUUGCAACCUCACCAUAGCAAUAUUUUCCAGAUCUGGUGGAAUUAUUUUGGGCAGUCUGAAAAGAUCUUCAGAACCCCUCGGUUGUUUGCUGGAUCUUUGCAAACAAAAUAGCAUGGUUUCUUUCUGUUUAAUCAGGCCAGGGCUCCCUUGCCAUUGUAGCUCCUUGCCAAUGCUGCUUUGGACUUGGGAAUAAAAAGGGACAAUCAGGAGUCCUAAAAACAAGUGUGUUAUGUUUCCUGACUGGCAUGGAGUACACACUGUCUUUCCAUCUGCUGUAGCUGUCUAAAUGCCUGUUUCCUCUUGAUCUUUGAAUACAUGUUUGUAUAGGACAUUGACAUAAAGUACAAUGGACUUUGUCUCUGGAACUGAAGGUCAUACGCACAUGUGCGUUUCAUUUAAAAUGCUGAAAAUUUUGCAUUACUUCUUAACAGAAUGUUUUAGUAAGCUAACAGGAAAAGACAGCAGCACACAUAGUGUUGUACUGCUGCAAAUCAAAAGCACUGGCUUUUUAAAAUUGCUCUUUGUAACUUCUUUCCCAUACAGUCACUUUCUGUUCUUACAUUCUUUGGCUGUGGAUUGCUGCUUCAGUAGUUCUUGAGUAUCCAAAAAUUUAGGCUUGUGUGUAACUUCAGCUUGCUUUUUUGGCACCAGGACAUUUGAUUUUUUGCAAGAUCUCAGCAGAAUGAUUCAUUGUUUGAUUUCUUAGUGAAAUACUACUGUGCACUGCGUAACUAACAAAGGAGAGGCAUUAGUCUGGUUCCCUUCACACCAAGGAGGUCAAUAGUGUUUCCCUCAAUAUCCCUUUUGAUCUAAUGUGUGCCCCCUCCACAGGACGUGCAGUUGAUGCUUCCUGCACAGGAGCUGCUGCACUGGCAAUGCAAGCUGGCAUCUCAUUUCUGCAAUGAUUGUACAAUCUAAAUCAAAACCAGUAUGGGCUAAAACUGCGUGAAGAAACACUGCUUGGAUUGUUUCCAUGUCCUGUCAGUGGGCUGGGAAGAAAGGCCAGGGCUGUGGAAUUUCCAGGCCUGGUCCACUCCACAGAGUGCCUUUGAGCUCCAGCGUUUGCCAGUUAGUAAAUUGGUGUCUCUUCUCCCUGUGUUUUUCUCUCCCUAUGAAUAUCUCCUUCCCACCCCAGUGCUCAGUGCCUCCCUGUAAAGGAGAGAUGCUGAUGGACAUGCACAUUCAUCUGUCUUCUUUCAGACUGGCGUAAGAGGCAGGGAACUCUGUAAUGUAGGUGUGAUUUUGCUGGGAGUUUUUGCUUUGCCUGUGUUUUUAUUUUCAUUUCAUGCUUCCAAACCUCUUCCAGACUUCCAUACUUUCAUAGAGUAAUGCUGUAGGUGUUCCCACUUCCUCAGGAACCUGUGACUCAGGCAGGGCAGAAAUGAGAUGACAUCAGCGGGUGUUUGAAUUGCCCAUUUCCUAAACAGGGGCUGUUGGCUUUUCUUUUAGUACUUGCAGCUUUGUUUUCUCAUGAGGGGGAAGGGGCUGAGGGGGUUUAAUGACCUAAGGCAGCCUGGCCAUUGUGAGUAACCACACUGGGUGUGUUCUGUCCCUUCAGAUCACUGAUGCUGAUGUUGACUUAAAGCAGGAGAUCCACAUUUCUACACAAGCUAUUUAUGAAUGAAAGAAUUGUGAUUAGGCCUUUGUAGAGGUUCUGUUGUUAUAAUGCAUUCUUAAUUCGCUCCUGGUCUGGAGGAAGGAGGUGGGGCAGCAUGGCGGAAGGAAAAGGUCUGAGCAUAAUUUUCCAUUAUUACUUUGGAAGUAAUACAAAGAAAAGAAAUGUGUUUUCCUGCUACUUGGCAGUUUUAAUGGAUCUCCCUCACUGCUCUCAACAGUGUGUGUUUGCGCCAUAGCAGGUUCUUGGUAGAUUUCAGUAUUUCCUUUCCUGCAACUGAUACCUUUCAGUGAUAAUGCUGUAUAAAUAUAGGGGAGAAAUAGGAGGAGCCAGAUUGAAGUUGGCUCCUCUGCAGUGCCUCCAAAGGCAGCAGGAGCAGGGGAUGGGUCAGGGAGCCAUGGGAGGGGGGACAAGCAGCGGCUGCAGCUGCCUUUCUUCCAUGGACAACCCCCAGUGAUGUCACUGCAGAAGCUGGCUGUUAAACUGCUGCUAAUUCCUGCCCAGGAAUUCUUGCCAUCGGUGGAAUGUGACAAGUUGGGUGUCUGUCCAGGUCAUUUAUUCAUUGUGUUCACAGACAGGCUAUCAGAGUAUUACAGUGAUGUAGUAUUGUCAUGAGCAGAGGAGUGCUGCCAUUUUGUUUAAAUAGAAGCAGUUUUGGAACUAUAGAAAUUAGUGUAGCAGAGAUUUUAGGUAUGUCUUUUGGUUGUGCUCGGAUUGUAGAGUUCUCACUCAGCAGGCAGUGCCAUGGGGGUUCUAUGUGAAAGGAAAACUUAAGGUCAUCCAUGUAUUCUGGGAGGUGAUAUCAGUAAUGGUCUGUCUCCCAGUUAAGGUUCAGCUUCCUUUGGUUCCUUCCUUUUCUACGUUACCUUUGUGCAGGGGUCCUGCAUGCUUCUGUUGGAGUAUCUCAGACUCUUCCAGUGGCUGUUAGGGCCAUAGUUGUGUGUUGUUACUGGUACUGAGUUGGGAAUGCUUUGAGACAAUUACUGAGUCACACAAACCUAAAGACAAUUUUCCACUAAUUAAGCUAAUGAACUAAUUAAAAGUUUACUCUUGUAUGUUGCUUGUGUGCAGCUAGGAAUGAGUGAGCUAUACCUGAUCUGCCCCUGAGCCCUGCAGGGCAGCAGCUGAUGGUGCAGUACAUAGCUAGAUCAUUCUCACCCACUGCCUGACACUCUCUGUCACUGAUGCUCUCAGCAAUCCUGGGUAAGAUGUUUCCAUUACUUGCUAACGGCAUUUUAUUGGAGUUCACUAGUGCUGAGCACUACAAACUUGACAUAGGCUUCUUUGUUAACCACACUCUGGUUUGACAGGGAGAAACAGGGAGCAAGUCAACUAGUGUGUGUGCAGUGUUCCCCUGUUGCUGCAGAUACUCUCAUUUCAUUUCCAGCCGUUACAAUAUCUGCCACUUAAUUUAGCUUCCUAUUGUUAGUAUCUGGAAAUGUCAUUAAGAGAUUCUGGUAGAUAAUGUCAAGAUACGCAAUGCUGAAAAAUCAGGUAGGAAUAGCUAAUAACAACAUGAGAUACUGGAAACGAAUGUGGUUUAAAUGUCACUUGAGUGUUGGGAGGGGGCUGAUAUUCAUGCCACAAGGACGUGCAGGAGAACAUUGUUUCAGAGUAUGACCAGAUUAUGUUUUCUUAGUGAUUUUGUUGCUAUAGUAGUCAGUGAUUGUGGCUUCAGAAAUUUCAAAGCUAAAAUGUGAUGUUCCAGCUUUCACAGAUUGGAGACGGAUGCAAUUAAUUAUUAUUAAUUUAAAAAACACUGCUUAUUUAAAGCAGCUUUGUCCUCUAUGUGGUACUCAUAGACAUGGGAAGGUGGAUUGAGGCAGAACAUAUGGGCUGUACCACAGAAGGUCCAGUGAGGCCAAAGAAAGUCACUUCAUCUCCACCUCCCAUCCUCUGUCUAAGCAUGCUUUGGUGGAGCCUCUUCUGCUGAGUAAGUGCAUAGUAUAGCAAGACCAACCUUGAUUGAGUCAGCUAGGCAUUGGCACAGGACACAUACAGAGAUCAUACAGGUGUAUCUCAUCUCUAGCAUUGUCUUUUAAUACCUUUUAAUCAGCCUGGACAGAAGUGAAAUUCAUCUGCCUUGAUUUUUGGAUGCCCAUCUUUGAAUGCUCUAAACCAGACUGAUGGUGUCUUAAACUGGGUUUUGGAAUUCUAAAAGAAAAAAAAAAUCUUAAGCAUGUAUUUUAAAAACUUUACUUGUGUAGAAGAGGAUCAAAUAAAUGUGUUAACUUUUAAA